AGGGCACACAGAAACUCCAAAAAUCAGAUCUUCUGAAUCUGAGCAAAAGCAUUUCCAGAUCCCAUCAGAUCCGCUUGGUUUCUCUUCCUCCUUCUUCACUCACCCAGUGUAAUGCAUUGCUAGAGACAACAAACACGAAAAACACGCGGGAAUGAGAACAUCAUCGGCUUCCGCCGCCGUGAGUCUCGGAAGCAGCGGAGGAGGCGGUGGUCAAAGAGAUGCUGAGUCUCUCCUCCGCUCAAAGCCAAUGCCUGAGAUCCGUAACGUGGAGUCGGCGACUAGGAAGAACAUCGAGGACAAGAAAGAGGAGCUCCGGCAGCUCGUCGGGACUCGGUACCGAGACCUAAUCGACUCGGCCGACUCGAUCGUGCACAUGAAGUCGCUCUGCGAGUCGAUCUCCGCGAACAUCUCCUCGAUCCACGGCAACAUUCGAUCCCUCUCCUCCUCCUCCUCCCAAUCGAAAACCCCCGCCGCGGCGCUCGCUAGCCCUAAUCCAGUCAGAGUCAAUGUGUACGGGAUCGCGUGUCGGGUCAAGUAUCUGGUGGAUACUCCGGAGAACAUAUGGGGCUGCCUCGACGAGUCCAUGUUUCUAGAAGCUGCUGGGAGGUACAUGCGUGCUCAGCACGUGCAGCAGAGGCUCGUUAAGUUAGAGCACGAGCUGCUGGCUAAUUUUCCGUUACUUGAGCAUCAGUGGCAGAUCGUUGAGGGUUUCAAGGCUCAGAUCUCUCAGAGGAGCCGUGAACGGCUUCUUGAUCAUGGUUUAGGACUAGGGGCUUACGUGGACGCGUUGACUGCUGUGGCCGUGGUCGACGAGCUUGAUCCGAAGGGAGUGCUCGAGCUGUUUCUCGACUCGAGGAAAGCUUGGGUUCUGCAAAAGCUGAAUGCUUGUAGUGGUGGUGGUGGUGGUGAUGUGGUUUCGGUGUUUUGUGAUGUGUUGAGUGUGGUUCAGGUCACUGUGGGAGAAGUUGGGGAGAUGUUUUUGCGGGUCUUGACUGAUAUGCCUCUGUUUUAUAAGACGGUUUUGAGUACACCUCCGGCUUCUCAGCUGUUCGGUGGGAUUCCGAAUCCGGAAGAGGAGGUUGCGUUGUGGAAGUUGUUUAGGGAUAAUUUGGAAUCUGUUAUGGUUAUUUUUGAUAAAGUUGAUAUUUCUAAGGCGUGUCUGGCUUGGUUGAGGGAAUGUGGUGGGCAGAUUGUUGGUAAGGUUAGUGGGAGGCAUUUGAUUGAAGCUAUUGUUACUGGUGAAGAGCUUGGAUCAGCUGAAAAGUUGAUAAGAGAGACGAUUGAUAGUAAAGAUGUGUUGAGUGGUAGUUUAGAUUGGCUUAAAAGUGUUUUCGGGUCUGAGAUAGAGCUUCCUUGGAAUAGAAUCCGGGAGCUUGUUCUGGCAGAUGAUUUGAACCUAUGGGAUGAGAUAUUUGAGAAGGCCUUUGUGGAAAGAAUGAAAUCAAUUAUUGACUCUAGAUUUGAGGAUUUGGCUAAAGCUGUCAAUGUGGCAGAGUCGGUUCAUGCGUUUAGCGAGGUCACUGGUGAGAAGAUCAACUUCCAAGCGUACUUAAACAGACCUUCUACAGGUGGUGGUGUCUGGUUCAUUGAGCCUAACGUUAGGAAACCUGGUCUAAUUGCCGGAAACAAAACAUCACCAGAAGAAAGCGACUUCCAGAGUUGUCUAACUGCGUACUUUGGUCCUGAAGUUAGCCAAAUCAGAGAUGCAGUUGAUCACCGCUGCCAGAGUGUUUUAGAAGACCUACUAAGCUUCUUUGAGUCAGAAAAGGCAGGUCCGAGGUUAAAGGAUCUUGCUCCAUACGUGCAGAAUAAAUGUUAUGAUAGUGUCUCAGCAAUUCUCGCAGAUGUAGAUAAGGAACUCGAAUUUCUCUAUGCUGCCAUGAAGAAAGGGAAUAAUGACAGCGAAGCAAUUCCACCUGCUAUAAUAAUUGAGAAAUCUCUUUUUAUGGGACGCCUUUUGUUUGCAUUGUUGAACCACUCGAAACACGUUCCCUUGAUUCUCGGUUCACCAAGAUUGUGGUGUAGAGAAACUAUGAAUGCAGUUUCUGAUAAAUUGUCAUCCUUGUUGAGGCAACCAAGAUUUAGCUCGAAUACUGCAGGCACUCCUGACAGCCCUGGAAAGCUGUUGCAUACCGAUCCUAGGAAGCAGAGUUCGUUAGCUGUUGCGGCACUACUCAAGGCAGAUGAGAAGACAAGUCCGAAAUUUGAAGAACUUAAUAAAACUAUGCGAGAUCUGUGCAUUAAGGCUCAUACAUUGUGGAUACAGUGGCUCUCGGAUGAGCUCUCCGCUAUUCUCUUGCGUGAUCUUAGGAUUGACGAUGGACUCUCUGCUACAACUCCUUUAAGGGGUUGGGAAGAGACAAUAGUCAAGGAAGAGCAGGGCGAGAGUGAGUUGAAGAUAUCACUUCCGUCCUUGCCUUCGCUCUAUAUAAUUUCAUUUCUCUGUCGGGCAUCAGAAGAAAUUCAUCGAAUUGGAGGCCAUGUACUGGAUAAGUCAAUUUUGCAAAAGUUUUCUUCAAGCCUGUUGGAGAAGAUCAUCAUUAUUUAUGAGGAUUUCUUAUCUGCCAGGGAGGCCGACGAACCCCAAAUUUCAGAGAAAGGAGUUUUACAAAUUUUGCUGGAUUUGAGAUUUGCAUCGGACGUUCUUUCUGGGGGUGAUACAAGCACCAAUGUGGAGAUCCAACCAAAGAUCACAAUGAACAGAUCAGCGUUCAGGAGAAAGCAGGGCCAACAGCAAACAAAGUCAGUCAACCGAGGUCGCAUUGAUGGAGUGAUCUCACAACUGACCCAAAAGUUGGAUCCCAUAGACUGGCUCACGUACGAGCCUUAUCUUUGGGAGAACGAAAAGCAGUCAUACCUACGCCACGCAGUACUAUUUGGAUUCUUUGUGCAACUAAACCGCAUGUACACAGAUACUUCACAGAAACUGCCAAGUAAUUCAGAGUCAAAUAUCAUGCCAUGCUCCACAGUACCCCGCUUCAAAUACCUUCCCAUAAGCGCUCCGGCUCUGUCCUCGAGAAGUACAAACAAGGUCUCCAUUCCAGUUACAUCAAAUGAAAGUUCGUCAAGAAACUCAUGGAAUGCAUUUACAAAUGGCGAGCAUUCUCAAACAAAUGAUUUGGACGACGACUCCAGUUUCGGCGUGGCUUCCCCGUUCUUAAAGUCUUUCAUGCAGGCUGGUAGUAGAUUUGGCUCAAUACUAAGUGACGGACAAGUGGGAAUAUUCAAGGAUAGAUCAGCAGCCGCUAUGUCGACAUUUGGAGAUAUAAUACCGGCUCAAGCAGCCGGUUUACUCUCUUCUUUCACAACCACCAGGUACGAGUGAUGAUGAUGAUGAUUGCAGCAGCUGAGAUAUCUGCCACUAUAUAGAAGUUUUUACAUAAAACGAAGAGAACAAGUUUUGUAAUUGUGUUUGAUUUAUUGUUUCAUGUAAUUAAGAGAUUUGGUUCUACAAAAAUCCUCAAGACUGAAUACAAUCAGACCUCAUACAUAUAAGUUUUAAUAUC